AUGAACAUAAAUACCAGCAUUUCACAAACAAAUUGUACACUUGAAAAAACUUUAUUUUUUAAAAGAAAACUCAAAAAAGAAAAAAAUUCUAAAACAGAAAAAACAAAUACAAGGUCAAAAUCAAGCGAAAGUAUUUUAAUCAAUAAUUUUACUAUUCAAAAUAAUCAUGAAAACAAUACAACUUCAAGUAUAUUAAAAAAUCCAGAAAUGAAAGAUAAACAACUUACUCAUAGUUCUCAAAGUUCUUUUCAAUCAUCAAUUCUAAAAAAAUAUAUAUCAAAAACCGAUGACGCAUCAACAAAUGAUUUAUUUUCAAAGGAUAGAACAUCUUUUCAAAAAAGUCAAUCCUCCAUUAACUCAUACAUAUCAAAUUUGAAAAUUACAGAAUGUAGUGAUAAAACCUCUGAUUUUGAGACAUUUUUAGAUUUAAAGACUUCUUCUACUCAAUCGAUAAAUAAUGUGUAUGGAAAUGAUAAAAAUUCAACUUAUAAUAUACUUACAAAAGAAUCUAACUCUAUAUCAUCUAUUUCUGAAAAAUCAAAUACUGGUUUUUUUAAUACUGUUAUAUCUGCUGCACAAAAUGCCGCUAAUUCUCUUACUUCUUUAACCACACAUAAAUCUUCAAAGGAUAAAAAUAUAUCUGAAAAAUUGAAUGGUUCAAGAAAUUCAACUAGAAAUAACCUUGGAUCAAUAACUAAUGAAUUUGUUACUCAAGAUUUUUUAGAGAAAAAAAAUAAAGAAUUGGCUAUUAAUAUUAUUCCAUCUAUAGGUUCAGGAAAACUUUCUUUAAACGAUGUAAAGAUUUCGGAAGAUAUAGAUAAAUCACAUGUUUUUGCAGACAAAGAAUGCCCUGAUAAGGAAUUGUCCAACAAAAAACUGGAAGAGAAUCUAAAUAAUAAAUUUAUCAAUUAUAAUUUCAAUCAGAAAAAAAAUCAUACUUCAGCAUCAUCUCAAAUUUUAACUCAUAAAAAAAUUAAUAGUAUUAUCAAAAAAUCAGGAUAUUCAUCAGCAUCUUGUCUUAAUCGACAAAAUACUAUUCAUUUAUUAAUUCAACAAAUCACUGGUAUCGCCAUAGCAAAUAGUAAAAGAAAUAAGGAAUUUCAUACAUUAUUUAAAAGUAUUCCAGAAGAUAGUUAUCUUAUCGAUGAUUAUGCAUCUGCAUUACAAAAAGAUAUUCUUCUUCAUGGACGAAUGUACAUAUCAGAAGCUUAUAUAUGCUUUAAUUCAAACAUUUUCGGAUGGAUAACAAAUUUAAUUAUUUCCUUCUCAGAAAUUGUUUCCAUUGACAAAAAAAGCACAGCAAUUGUUUUUCCUAAUGCAAUUCAAAUAACAACACUUCAUGCAAAAUAUAUAUUUUCAUCUUUUAUUUCAAGAGAUACAACAUAUGAUCUUCUUACUAGUAUAUGGCGUUUGACAAAUCCUUCUACUCGUACAUCAAUAACAGAAAUAAAUAUAGACGACAAAAAUAAUGAAAACUGUGAGGAUUUAACAAAAACAAGGAACCUAAACGAUGAAGAUUUCGAAACCAACAAUAUACAAAAUAAUGAAGGAAAUAAUACUAAUGAAGAUUCAAUUAAAAAAAUAGAUGAUGAGACUUUAUGCCAAAACUUUUCAAAAAAAAAUUAUUUAACAAUUAAUGAUAUUAAUUUAGAUAUUAAAUCAUUAGAAUAUACUGAACGUCAGCCAACAGAAUGUAGUUGUUUGUUACGUAAUGAACACUAUGAAAAACAAAUAUGCGAUGAAAUAAUUAAAGGGCCUUUACCAGAAGUUGUUAAUCUAUGUUUUGGAGAAGAGCUUGCAUUUAUGCAUAAUUUUUUAGAAAAUGUACAGAAAGUUAGUGAAAUAAAAUUAGGUAAAUGGAAAAAGGAUGAUUCAGGGAAGAAAAUACGUCAUAUUAGUUAUUUAAAACCCUUAUAUGCGCCAGUUGGUCCGAAACAGACUCAUUGUAAAAUUGUAGAAAUGAUAGAGCAUGAAGAUAAUAAUUAUGUGACAGUGUCUUCUAUAACUAAAACUCCUGAUGUUCCAUCAGGAAACUCGUUUGUUGUUAAAACAAAAUAUUGUAUGAUGUGGGAUAAAAAUAAUUAUACAAGAAUAAUUGCUACUUGUACUACAGAUUGGACUAAAAGUAGCUGGCUCAAAAGUCCGAUCGAAAAAGGUGCAAACGAGGGUCAAAUAUCGUAUAUCAAAGAUCUUAUUGAUACCAUAACAAAUGCCUUAAAAAGGCCUAUUAAUGAAAAAUAUCUUGAAGAAAAACCAACUAGAAAACUUCAAAAGUUGUACAAAAUAAGACACAGUAUAGACAAUAAAAAAAAUCAAAUAAUGUGUGACAAAAACAAUUCAGACAUAAAACUAAAGUUAUUCAAUAAAUUAAAGUCUGCAUUUAAUACUAUUUUAAAUAUCUUUUUAUUUGUUAUAAAACCUAAUAACAUUACUAUAGUUCUUUUAUUAAUGAUUUUUUUAAAAAUAGCUCAGCUAGAAAAGACAUUUCAAAAUAUGACACAUUUAACAAAUAUUGAUUAUAAAAUAUUGAAUCAUUACAAUUCGUUAUGGACACAGGGAGAAAUUUCAGAAAAAUGCAUAAAACCCGAAAUAACAUAUAAUUUUCAGAUUCCAAAACGGUAUUCAAGUUCAUUUUUUGAUAAGAAAAAAAGAAGAAAUUUAUAAAAAUUUAGAAGAUUAUAAAAAUAACCAACAUAAUAACAAACUUCAUAAAAUAGAAAAAAUUCUAAAACA